CCAAGCAUGCAGACUUCCGAGGAGGGCUCCAAUUCGGCCACCCCCGUGGCGCUGCGCACCUCGGCCUCCGCCCAGCCCGGCCCGGCUUCCCAGCAGGAAAGUACAGGGCCUGCGUGGAAGCUCCGGGAGGACAAAAAAAUGGGCCGCCUGGAAGUUCUGGAAGGCCAGAAAUGGGCCCGUUUCCAGUCUCCAGAGAUGCCUCCGGAGCCUGGGGAGGGUGAAAACAGCCCCCCCCCACAGCCCAUUUCUACUCCCAGGCCAGGGUACCGACCUUCCCAGAAGUUGGAUGGUGCAACAGAGGGGGGGAGCAUCAGUGCCCCCCACACUACCCCCGAAGAGUCAGUAGCGGCCCAGUGUCAACACCACCAGCAAUACAUUGACGUCACUCACGUGCUGCCUGAAUUCCCGGUCCUGAAUCCGGAAAGCGUCCUCCUGCAGGAAGGGAUCGAGACGCGCGACCUCCAGGCUCUGCAGCUCUUCUACCGCCGGCAUUGCGAGGCCAACGUCGAAGUGGUGGUGAGCCUCCAGCUGCCAUUCCUCGAGAAACUUUGGCGUUCCUUCUGGAAUUCCGAAUCCAUCCCCAGCCGGACGGGCGCUUCUGCUGCCGGAGCCUCCAGCGAAGAGUCCUACGAAGCCAUCCUCCCGAGACACCAGCUGAUCGCCUUAUGCAAACACGAGCCCAUCCUGGCCUGGAUGCGGAGCUGUGACCACCUCUUGUACCAAACCCUGGUGGAGAUUCUCAUCCCGGACGUUCUCCGGCCUGUUCCCGGCACCUUGACCCAAGCCAUCCGCAACUUUGCCAAGAGCCUGGAAGGCUGGCUGAUGAGCGCCAUGAGCGAGUUCCCGCAGCCCGUGGUCCAGAGUAAGGUGAGCGUGGUGAGUGCCUUUGCCCAGACCCUGCGCAGGUACACCUCUCUGAACCACCUGGCUCAGGCCGCCCGGGCCGUCCUCCAGAACACCUCCCAGAUCAACCAAAUGCUCAGCGAUCUCAACCGGGUGGAUUUUGCCAACGUGCAGGAGCAAGCCUCCUGGGUCUGCCAGUGCGAAGAGGGGCUGGUGCAGAAACUGGAGCACGAUUUCAAGGUGACGCUGCAGCAGCAGAGCUCCCUGGACCAGUGGGCGAGGUGGCUGGGCCAGGUGGUGUCGCAGGUGCUGAAGCCCCACGAGGGGGCGGCCAGCUUCCCCCGGGCGGCCCGGCAGUUCCUGCUGAAGUGGUCCUUCUACAGCUCCAUGGUGAUCCGCGACCUCACCUUGCGCAGCGCCGCCAGUUUCGGCUCCUUCCACCUGAUCCGCCUCCUGUACGACGAGUACAUGUUCUACCUGGUGGAGCACCGGGUGGCCGAAGCCACGGGGGAGACGCCCAUCGCGGUGAUGGGAGAGUUCAGCGACCUCGCCUCCCUGUCCCCGGCGGUGCUCGAGAAAGACGCCUUCGGCACUUUGGGACACGAGGCCGGAGCCCGGGUGAAGCCCCGGGUGAAGCGAGAGCACAGCGACCCCGGCCCAUCCUUGCAGGAGAUCUAACCGACGGGCAGGCCGUGCGCCCCUGUCCUCUAUCCCGACUCCGCCGAGAGUGCCAAAGCUUUCCGAACGAUGCCCUGCGAGGACUCCUGGCCCUCCCGGACGCCGCUGUGCCUCUUCGUCCCUCCUCCUCCUCCUCCUCUUCCUCGUGCUUUUACGGGUCUUUGCCAAAGACGGGCCGGGUGUCCGGCAAGACAGAGAAGGUCCUCGACCGUCGGCCGGUCCUUCUCUUUGCAAGGGUCCCCCGGCCGGCCCACUUCCCGUCCUCCCUCCUGCUCCGAUGCUUUGCCUUAAGUGACUCCGCUCCCCGACGGGGGGGAAAACCCUGCCAAGGUGCCACUGUGAUCCGGGGGGGCCGCCGGUCGAUUCUGCGCCUCGCGAGAGAAGGGGAAGGGCGUCCUUCCGGUGUCCUCUCCGACUCUUGCUAAAUAAACGGACACUUGUGGCCAA